CAGCAGCAGCAGCAGCGCCCGCAGCCCCCGCCAGGGAUAUAAGCAACCGGGAGCCGCCUUAACACAGCCCCACGGAGCCGCCCGCCCUGGAAAUACACUGGCAGGAGCCGAGCUGAGCAGGAAAGCAGCAAACACCCGCCUGGAAAAAGAACAAAACAACCCCCUCCCCCCGCCUCCCCACAACCAAAAAAGAAAAGAAAAGAGAAAACAACUCGGCACCAGUCGCGGGGCUUUUUCUUUCCUUCAUGAUCUUUUUUUCCCUGAGGAUUUCUGCCAGACUGACUCGCCCCCCCCUUGAUAAUUUCUCCCUUUUCAUUUUUUUUAAAGAUAUACAGUAGCUAGAUAUAGAUAUAUUUACUCUUCUCCCUGCUUACAACCCCUGUGUCUGUGUGUUUUGAAUACUAUCGCAGCCUCUGCUAAAUCUAUAGAUAGAUGUAGAUCCCCUUCCUCCUCUCUGAUCCCAUCCGACACCCCUUGUUAAGGUCAGGCUUCCUUGCAAGUGAGAAGGAGUUGUAGUGCAUGACGAUCUGAUGCCAUAGUCUUGUGAAUUCUUGGGGAAAUACAUUCAAGAGAAGAUCUUUCAGGAUACCUUCAUCCUUGUGCCAAUGCAGAAUAUAGUCAACAUUAGAAGAUUUAUGCCUUAAGGGAGAUCAUAGAUUAUUGCAUCAAAAAAGAACUGGUCAUAUUGGUCUUCUCACAAAUAAUGUGUUGGACCAGUUAAAUAAGACAAGCGAUCCUGAGUCUGCUCUCAAAUACAUUGGUGCAAAUACAGAGUGACAACAUUUAUUUGCACCUUCAGAGGAGAUUUACAUUUGUGUUUAUUAAGUGAAAAAAUACCAAACUGCUUUCAAGUAUUGAAAAGACCAGGCAGGAUGAACACGAAAGACACAAAAGUGACUGAAGGAGGCCUCAACGUCACGCUCACCAUACGCCUUCUCAUGCAUGGCAAGGAGGUUGGAAGCAUUAUUGGAAAGAAAGGAGAGACAGUUAAGAAGAUGAGGGAGGAGAGUGGUGCUCGAAUCAAUAUUUCAGAAGGCUCCUGCCCAGAAAGGAUUGUGACAAUAACAGGCCCAACAGAUGCCAUUUUCAAGGCUUUUUCUAUGAUUGCACUAAAAUUUGAAGAGGACAUAAAUGCUUCAAUGACAAACAGCACGGUGACAAGCAAACCACCUGUGACGCUGCGGCUUGUUGUCCCUGCAAGUCAGUGUGGGUCCCUUAUAGGGAAAGGCGGCUCCAAAAUCAAAGAAAUUAGGGAGUCCACAGGGGCCCAGGUACAAGUAGCUGGGGAUAUGUUGCCAAACUCAACAGAACGUGCUGUCACUAUAUCAGGCACUCCAGAUGCCAUUAUUCAGUGUGUAAAACAAAUCUGUGUGGUUAUGCUAGAGUCCCCACCCAAAGGUGCCACCAUUCCCUACCGUCCCAAACCUGCCUCUGCACCUAUCAUUUUUGCAGGUGGGCAGGUAAGAGCAGACACCAUUUUGGCUUCAGCUGGAAAUCACACCGUCUUGGCCCAACCUCAGCCAGCGCCUGCAUUUACAAUUCAGGGGCAGUAUGCCAUCCCUCAUCCAGACUUGACCAAGCUUCACCAGUUGGCUAUGCAGCAUCCCCCCUUUACUCCCCUUGGGCAGACCACCCCUGGUUUCCCUGGAUUGGAUGCCACUUCUCCAACCAGUUCCCAUGAGCUUACUAUUCCAAAUGAUUUAAUAGGCUGCAUUAUUGGCAGACAAGGCAGUAAGAUAAAUGAAAUCAGGCAGAUGUCAGGAGCGCAGAUCAAGAUUGCUAAUGCCACAGAAGGCUCUGCAGAGCGACAAGUUACAAUCACAGGAUCCCCUGCAAACAUCAGUUUAGCACAGUACCUCAUUAAUGCAAGGUACCACCUCAGCAACAGCACAAGGUGGAAGUUUCACCAGAAAGGCCAGGAAUUGAAUGAGAGAUGGAUGCUGAAUAGCCUCAACCCAACAAGGGGUCUUCCCAUGUUAUGGUUUAGGAGCCAUGGCACGGCCUGAGGGAAAUAGACCUUGUCACUGAUGGUGCAGCACCUCUUCUAUGGAUAUAUGGAGUCAACUUCAGUGUCCAGGGUUGCAAGUCCAAAACUUUUUACAAACCUCCACAUUUUCUUAUUAAAAAAAAUGAAUUAUGCAUAAAAUAUAGAUGUGAAAUAAAUUGCUAUUGGAAAGAGUUGUGUAUAACAUCAAAACGCUAUGCUUCCCAAUCACCCAUGGUAAUACAAAAAUAGUAGACCUACUGCUAGACCAUGGGUCACAUGUUUCUGUGCCAUUUCUGGACUUCCUUUUUGUUUCCUAGUUCAGAGAGUUACAUCUGACUUUGACUUCCAUGCUUCAGACUAGAUUAGCACAGUAGGUUAUAGCAUGCUGUUACCUAAUGCCAUGGGUCUUAGUUUAGUCCCUGUAGAGGCCAAGAGAUGUGAAAGUGCUAGUCCCAUACAGUUAGCUGAUGUGGUAAUACUUCUAGAAUUCAGUGUCUAGCAGGCACAUCAUGUCACAGAAAGAACAGCUUUUCAAAAUCAUCUGAAAUAUUUCUAGCCACAUGUGCCUUUUUAAAAUCUUUUACCAAGCAAGUCUAAAUUAGGUUUCUUUUUUCUGCAGCAUCAUAGUAAUGUAAGGAUACGUGCACUAGAGUAAAUUUUAGAAAAUUAAAGCUGCAUAGUCUAUGAAGACAAAUAUUUAAAACUUCUGAAACCUUAUUCAGGGUUGGAGCGAUAUAUAGCAACAGUGACCUUUGUACAUGACAAAUGUGUCACGUUUUAGUUAUUUGUAUCAGCAAGACCUUAGUUCCUGUCAUGGGUGCCAAGUACAUGGGGGCCCGAGGGAGGAGGGCUGUCACCUGAAACACAUAAAACUUUCCACAUGUCCAUCAGUUUAGCCCUCUCCCACCCUCCCCUCCCCCCAGCAAAAAUUAAAAUUGGCACCUAUGUUUCCUGUAGUUUUCUGUCCCACAACAGGUAUUCAGACUGAAUCAUGUAACUUCAAGUAAAGCAUUUAAAUUCUAUUUCUAAUAACUGGGCUUCUCAAUGUCAAAUUAUAGUUUGGAAAAUUCUUACUAAAAAUGAGCUACACCAGUUAGCUUUACUCCAUGCAACAUCCUACUCCUUUGAAGCCUAAAUGAAUUUCAGUCAGGGUGACUUUCUUCUUGUUAAAGGGCAUUUCAUGGAAGAUAGUUAUCAAUGUAGAAUUAAAAAGUAUUUGAUUAAUACAGUCGAAGUCAAAACUCAAUAGCAUGGGUCCGUACCUAUAUCAGUUUCAUAAACAUGAAAUCCCCCCCAUUCCAGAGAAUGCAGAAAGUGGCCCUCACCAUCUAUGUUCAGCCUUUCCCCAAAGAGGAACUCUGUAAAACUGUCAUCCCAGAGCUCCACAUGAUUCAUGCCUCACUGACUUACCAGUAAACAGCUGGAUUCUGGUAACUGCAAGCUGCAUAGCACCUCUGGAAGCCAAGCUGAGUUCUUUCUGCCUUAUGCAUCAUCACAAUGUAUAGUCAGCAGGCCCAUUUUAGCAGGCCCUUAGUUAUAGCUGUGCAACCAAGUAACCUGAUGACAACAAGGCAAGGCAGCUGUAAAUGAAGCCAUCGCUCCAGAAUCUUUGUUACCAAGGAUGCUACAUCAGAAAAAAUGUUCAGAUCCUAGGCUGAAGUUUCAGAUUCGUGAUUAGAAUGCCCCGCCCCGCCCCCCGCCCCUUUUUUUUUUUUUUUUUUUUUACGUACAAAGUCAUUUGAUCAAGUCAUGGAAGGGCAAUAAACAUUGCAGCCCCGUAAUGUCAUUUUAACAGGCAUCCCUUGAACUGAGACUGAGCUGUAAAUGCAAAAUGCAAGUUUAGAAAAUUAACUUUGCAAAACGUGCAGUAUUCUGGGUAACUGUCAGUCACCAAGCUGAGACCAUACCCACCCUGAAGCUGGCUCGAAAUUUCAGGGACAGGUAAGGGGCAGGUUAUGUGUAAAUUUGAGAUCCAUGUUGAUUGAGGUUUCAUAUUUUCAUGGCACUGUUUACUGUAUAAAGUUCUUUCUAUGAAGGAACAAUAAGUAGCUGCAACAAUAAGGCUAAAGAAAGAGGUGUUUGUCUGUGGGGAUGGAGGAGCUUUGUGGAGUUCAAGGAUACAGAAAUCAAAGUUUCCUGUUUCACAAAUUACAUCUGCAUUUCACAACCCUGCUAAACUGCUCCUUAACCUUUACUGGCAUACCUGAGAAGGGUUGUGCUUUCCCACUCCUUAACAGAAGGGGAGAAGACUCCCAGAAGCCCACUCCAUUGUGAGAGGGUAAAGACCUAGCAUCUGCUGCACAGCAAUCCUCCUGCCACAUGCACCCCCUAGCCCCACAAGCUCACACAAGCCCUGGGCUCCCUCAUACUUUACCUUUAGCAACAGUUGGAGGAUGGGGAGAGAAACUAUAGUCGAGCACCAUGUCCUCUGUCACUUUCUACGAUUGUUUCAUCAGCUGCCUUUGGGUCAAGAAGCCCAAGGCCACCUAACCAAGGUCGUUUUAUGGUUACCUUUAUCCAUCCAGCCCUGGUGAGCAGGAGACAUUCCUGCCAGUUAUUUUCAACUAGAUUGAGCUGUGGGCUAAGUGGAAGCCAAGCCAGGUGCUUGGUAGGCCUGUCCCAGGGUGAAUUUUCCUCCGUUCAGGAGGGAGACCCGAGUGUGGUUACUCCUUAACUUUAUGCACUGUGGCUAUCUCAGUCCUAUAAAGCUUAAAGAAAUAGUAAAGCAGAGGUAGGUUGAAAUGCUUCCCAGUGUGAUGAUGGUUUGGCUGGCAGUUCUCAGGAGGCCCUCAUCCCUGAUUAAUGUUUGUUAGAUUCAUAAUUGGUAGGGUUGGAAGGGACCUGAGCAGAUUAUCAAGUCCAACCCCCUGCCCUGGGCAGGAAAGAGCGCUGGGGUCAGAUAACCCCAGCCAGGUGCAUGUCCAGCCUCCUCUUAAAGACCCCUAAGGUAGCAGAGAGCACCACUUCCCUUGGAAGCCCGUUCCAGAUUCUGGCAACCCUUCCCAUAAAGAAG